AUGGCGCGCGCCUGCGGCUCCACGUGCCCCCCACUGCCGCCCGGUAGGAUGUCCUGGCCCCACGGGGCCCUACUCUUCCUCUGGCUCUUCUCCCCACCCCUGGGGGCCGGCGGGGGUGGCGUGGCCUUGACCUCGGCGGCCGGAGGGGGCUCCCCGCCUGCCACCUCGUGCCCCGCGGCCUGCUCCUGCAGCAACCAGGCCAGCCGGGUGAUCUGCACGCGGAGAGACCUGGCCGAGGUCCCGGCCAGCAUCCCUGUCAACACGCGGUACCUGAACCUGCAGGAGAACGGCAUCCAGGUGAUCCGCACCGACACCUUCAAGCACCUCCGCCACCUGGAGAUCCUGCAGCUGAGCAAGAACCUGGUGCGCAAGAUCGAGGUGGGCGCCUUCAACGGGCUGCCCAGCCUGAACACGCUGGAGCUGUUCGACAACCGGCUGACCACGGUGCCCACGCAGGCCUUCGAGUACCUGUCCAAGCUGCGGGAGCUCUGGCUGCGCAACAACCCCAUCGAGAGCAUCCCGUCCUACGCCUUCAACCGCGUGCCCUCGCUGCGGCGCCUCGACCUGGGCGAGCUCAAGCGGCUGGAGUACAUCUCGGAGGCGGCCUUCGAGGGCCUGGUCAACCUGCGCUACCUCAACCUGGGCAUGUGCAACCUCAAGGACAUCCCCAACCUGACGGCCCUGGUGCGGCUGGAGGAGCUGGAGCUGUCGGGCAACCGGCUGGACCUGAUCCGCCCGGGCUCCUUCCAGGGCCUCACCAGCCUGCGCAAGCUGUGGCUCAUGCACGCCCAGGUGGCCACCAUCGAGCGCAACGCCUUCGACGACCUCAAGUCGCUGGAGGAGCUCAACCUGUCCCACAACAACCUGAUGUCGCUGCCCCACGACCUCUUCACGCCCCUGCACCGCCUCGAGCGCGUGCACCUCAACCACAACCCCUGGCACUGCAACUGUGACGUGCUCUGGCUCAGCUGGUGGCUCAAGGAGACGGUGCCCAGCAACACCACCUGCUGCGCCCGCUGCCACGCGCCCGCCGGCCUCAAGGGGCGCUACAUCGGCGAGCUGGACCAGUCGCACUUCACCUGCUACGCGCCCGUCAUCGUGGAGCCGCCCACGGACCUCAACGUGACCGAGGGCAUGGCCGCGGAGCUCAAGUGCCGCACGGGCACCUCCAUGACCUCGGUCAACUGGCUGACGCCCAACGGCACCCUCAUGACGCACGGCUCCUACCGCGUGCGCAUCUCCGUGCUGCACGACGGCACCCUCAACUUCACCAACGUCACGGUGCAGGACACGGGCCAGUACACGUGCAUGGUGACGAACUCGGCGGGCAACACCACCGCCUCGGCCACGCUCAACGUCUCGGCCGUGGACCCCGUGGCGGCGGGAGGCGCUGCCGGCGGCGGCGGGGGCGGCCCCGGGGGCGGCGGGGGCGGCCCCGGGGGCGGCGGCGGCGGCUACACCUACUUCACCACGGUGACCGUGGAGACGCUGGAGACGCAGCCCGGCGAGGAGGUCCUGCAGACGCGGGGGACGGAGAAGGAGCCGCCGGGGCCCACGACGGACGGCGUCUGGGGCGGGGGCCGGCCUGGGGAGGCGGCCGGCGCGGCCUCGUCGUCCACCACGGCGCCCGCCCCGCGCUCCUCGCGGCCCACGGAGAAGGCGUUCACGGUGCCCAUCACGGACGUGACGGAGAACGCGCUCAAGGACCUGGACGACGUCAUGAAGACCACCAAGAUCAUCAUCGGCUGCUUCGUGGCCAUCACGUUCAUGGCCGCCGUGAUGCUCGUGGCCUUCUACAAGCUGCGCAAGCAGCACCAGCUCCACAAGCACCACGGGCCCACGCGCACCGUGGAGAUCAUCAACGUGGAAGACGAGCUGCCCGCCGCCUCGGCCGUGUCCGUGGCCUCGGCGGCCGCCGUGGCGGGCGGGGGCGGCGGGGGCGGGGACAGCCACCUGGCCCUGCCCGCCCUGGAGCGCGACCACCUCAACCACCACCACUACGUGGCGGCCGCCUUCAAGGCGCACUACGGCGGCACCCCGGGCGGCGGCUGCGGCGGCAAGGGCCCGCCGGGCCUCAACUCCAUCCACGAACCUCUGCUCUUCAAGAGCGGCUCCAAGGAGAACGUGCAGGAGACGCAGAUCUGACGCGGGGACCCUGCGGGAGGCGCAGAUCUGGCUCCGCCCCGGGGCGGGACCGGCUCGGGCCGGACUGGGACCCUCCCCCGCAGCCCCAGCCCCGCGGACCCGCUGGGGGGACGGUCGGGGGGAAGACGGGCUCGGAGCCUGCCCGGACCCCAGGGCGGCUGGCCCCGCGGGGACAGGCUGGGCCCCGGGCGCGGAGCCCGUGGUUCCGGCCUCGCCCCCACCCCCGGUGACUGGAGGGGAUGCGGGAUUCCUAAGUGGCCAGGACCCACCCCUCCCGCGCCCCCCGCUUUUCCUCGCGGCUCUCCCGACCAACCGUCCCGCCCUCCACCUUCCAGGGGAGAGAGGAGCUUUUUUUGAGGGGCGUCUUUCCCCUCAUCCCCCCAACAACCCUCCUUUUAAGAUUCAUUUUUUGCAGUUUGACGCCUGCCCCCCCUCCCACCCGUCCACCCUCGAAACGGAAGAGACAGACACGUGGUCGUCGGCGCCUCCAGACACCCUGGCCCCGCCCCCUCCCGCGCCCCCUCGGUCCCCAGGGCCCUUAGCUGGGGGGGCGCCCCAGCGCUCACCCCCCGACACACACACACAGACUCUUUUGAUACUGAAGGGAGGUUUGCGGCAACGACUACCUGCUCUGUAAUUACUUUAAA